AUGUCCCUCAGAAGCUGGAACCCCACAAUGGUGGCCCAGGGUGUCCUCUGGGUCCUGUUUGGAUUGCUGCUGCGGCCGGAGCCCGGGACAGCAACCCUGCCCCUGCUCAUGGACUCUGUCAUCCAGGCCCUGGCUGAGCUCGAGCAGAAGAUACCAGCCACCAAGGCCAGGCACACUGCUUCUGCAUGGCUGCUGUUAGCCCAGGAGUCGGGUCCCCGCGAUCUUGUCCAUCACUUCCUGCUGGAGGGGCGGAGUCUCAAGGCCACCAGGCUGGAUCCCCACCAACUGAGCCCAGAGCUUCGAGGUCUAACCAAGGACGUGGUCCAACAUGGUGUUCGGGCCGGGCAGGAAUAUGGAGUUGUGCUGGCACCCGAUGGCUCAACGGUGGCAGUGGAGCCUCUUCUGGCGGGGCUGGAGGCAGGGCUGCAGGGGUACAGGGUUGUAAACCUGCCCUUGGACAGCACAGCCAGCCCUCUGGAUGCUGGAGCCACCUUUGCAGACACUGAAGCCACGGUUCCCGAUGUAAGAGCCACAUCUCCAGGGUUCAGGGAUGCCCUUCCAGAUGUCAUCUCUGCAGAUGUUGGAGCCAUGUAUUCAAAUGUGAGAGCUGCAGAUCUAGAUGUCAAACCCACCUCUCCAGGUGUUAGACCUGGCUCUCCAGAUGUCCCCGUCACCUCUCCGGAUGUCCAAGCUCCCUCGCCAGGUACCAAAGUCAAGUCCCCGACUACGGUGGACAGCGUCCUGGUGGUCACCCUGGCCAGAGACCUGGGUCUGGCCUUCCUCCAGGGCCCUCAGACCUGGAGUCAUUCAGGCCUGGGAACCGACGGUUGCUGGGACCAGCUAUCUGCCCCCCGGACCUUCACACUCUUAGACUCCAAGGCAUCGCCAGUCACCAUGGCCUUCCUCAACGGUGCCCUGGAUGGGGCCCUCCUAGGAGAUUAUCUAAGCCGAACUCCUGAGCCCCGGCUACCUCUCAGCCACCUACUGAGCCAAUACUAUGGUGCUGGGGUGGCUGGAAAUCCAGGACUUUGCAGCAACCUCCGACGGCAGAACGGAGCUGCUCUGACUUCAGCCCCUACAUUGACCCAGCAGGUGUGGGGGGCCCUCAUCCUGCUACAGAAGCUGGAGCCAACACACCCUCAACUGCAGGGCAUGAGCCAAGAACAGCUGGCACAGGUAGCGACCAAUGCUACCAAGGAAUUCACUGAGGCCUUCCUGGCCUCCUUGACCCCUGAUGACGGCUCUUAUGCUGGAGCAACCCAUAAUGUGAAACCCAGAACAGCCAGGAGGGCUUCUAGAAGAUCCAGAAGGAAGCCACCUCCAAUGAUCCUGCCAGCCUCAGACCUCCAAUAAAGAGACAGUGGAAA